AUGAAGAAGGAUAUGCGUGCUUUACCAAAUUCUGUUCCAAAGCCACCGAUCACGAUGCGAUUAAUCGUUCCAGCAACGCAAUGCGGUUCACUUAUAGGAAAAAGUGGUUCAAAAAUUAAAGAAAUUCGAGAGGCGACAGGUGCGUCCAUUCAAGUAGCGUCCGAAAUGCUUCCACAAUCAACAGAACGUGCGGUUACAGUAUCCGGAACAGCCGAUGCCAUAAUAUUGUGUAUGGGACAAGUGUGCCAAAUACUUUUAGAGGUAUGA